AUGGCGUCCGAUCGAAAGAAAUUCUCGGCGUCCGAUAAGGGCAAAGCUAUUCGGAUCGAUCCUGACCCUUCGAAGGCUCCAUCGAUCGGUCCGAAAUUGAUGAGUUCGGCUAUUAGGGCUCACCGAAUCGUUCCGACUAGGGUGGAUUCCCGAGAUUCAGAUCGCGCCGCUGAUGGAGUGUUGGGGGAAGAAGAGAUUAGUCGCCGUGGGGAGAAAGAUGGGCAGGGAGUUGCGCUUAAAGAGAAAUCGAUUGCGACGGGUAACACCAUCGAUCGCUUCGUGUCCAUGAGUCGAUCCGAUCGAUCGAUCCCCUUUCGUUAUUGCAGCGAUGGAUCGAUCGCACAGUUACCAGACAUUGCCCCAGAACUUUGUCGUCCGUCUGUCGUCGAAGGACAAGAUUGGAGAGAUGUCAGCCCGACCAAGUCUACUCGGGAGAGCGUUCGUUCUUUGCUGAAAAGGUUAAAGGCGAGAGAUGUAAUCUUCGUCGUUCCAAGGCCUGAUCAACGACCAUGGUCGCCGCCGAUUGGGUACUACUGUGUUUAUGAAUCUCUCUUUGGUAGAGAAUCCCAACUGUGGUUUCCCAUUCCUCGUUUGAUUACUGCCUAUUGCGCCCGGCGUGACAUUGCUUUGACCCAGCUGAUGAUUGGUGCGGUCAGAAUCGCGGUUGCUUUGAUGGUGAUGGCAGCGGAGGUAGAUAUUUCGAUGUCUGUUCGGGCUUAUGAGGAGUUAACGCAGACGCAACCUAGACCGAAUGGCUUUUUCGCGGUUCAGAUGCGGGCUUCGGUUAAUGUCUUAACUGGUCAUCCAUCGGGAUCCAAACAGUGGCACCGUUCUUAUUUUUAUGUUAAGGCAGACGAAGCGGCCUUUGAAGAACCUCCCGGGAAAGACUUUAGGGUUUUGUGGAACCGCCGUCUCGUUAUUCAUCCAAACACUAUCGGACCGCCGGACAACAUGUGGGAGGAUUUGCCGAAGCUCGUUACACUCAGUCAAGAAAGGUGGGGAGAUUUCGAUUGCAAGCGGAUCGGUCGCCAGAAGGAACGGAUUCGCAGAGUUGAUUGGGAGAUCGGGAACGUUCCGUGCGAAGAUACGAAAGGGAAACGCCUGCCACUUCCGCUCAUGGGGAUUGUCCCGAAAGUGUACCCAAACUACAAAGACAUCCUUAAGGCUCAACUAGGGAGUGAGAGCCUGCAUUCGAUGACUUCUCAAGAAGGGAAGGAAGACGGUGAAGUUCGUUCCGAUGAGGGCGUUGUGAAGGAUGCAUCGGCUGGAGAGGCUGGGGCGCAGGUCGACGAUGCCGCGGCGGAAGGAUCGAUCGGUAAAGAGGAUAUCGAUCGCCCUUCGGAGAAGAGGAAGAAGAAAAAGAAGAGAUCUUCGAAGAAGACAACGGUCCGCCUAGAUGGAGAAGAGAGACUUGAAACUGAGUCUGGCUGUGGCGGAGACGAGCGUCUGGAGGACGAAGUUCGUGAAGAAGGUGCGACGGAGGUUUUGUUGGAUCAGACUGAACCGUCGAGGAUGAAAAGGAAGGGAGCGAUCGAUGGAGGCUUGGAAGAGCCUACUAGGAAGAGACAGAAAGAGUAUAGCGAUGAAGACGUCCUUCCGCAAGCAGUGACUCAACCGACUCCGCGCAGCGUUCCAUGGGGUGGGCGUGAUCCCCCGUCGAAAAAGCCUCCCGUGGCUCCAUCUGAGCAUUUGACUUUUAGAUACAACAAAGACGUGCCGUUUGUCAACGAUCACGAAGCUUGCGCCGAACUGUCUCGUCAGGUUAGAGGCGGUGCUCGUUUGAUGCCAGAGGUCUCUGAACUUGCGUUUCCGGAUAGAUUUGCCGAGUCGGCCCAUGCAGACACAGUGGCCUUGGCUCGGAAGAACGUGCUCAUAUUCGAGUAUGAGAUGGCCUUGCGGAAGAUGGCGUCUGAUCUUGCUAAGGCGGAGGACGCGAUCAAGAGGAGAGAUUCAUUGUUCGACAAGACUAAGAAAGACGUCCUUGAGAAGGCCACAGAGUUGGUCAACACGAAGAACCGUCUUGAUCGCGAGCGCCAAGAGGAUAUCGAUAGAGCCAAGGCGUUAGAAGGAGAUUUGGAGAAUGCUAGAGCUAGGAUUACCCAAUUGGAGCAGGAAAAGGUCGAGGAGGCGGAGAGAGCCAAAAAGGAGAUGGAUCGCCUAAGGGACUCGCGCCUCUAUGAAGUCAAAUGCGAAAGGGAACGUGUCACGGCUUCGGCGGCAAAACGCUUCGCAAAGUUCAAGAAGUACAUUGCCGAUCGAGAUAUAAGGGAAGGGAACCUUUUUCUUCAUGGCCAAGCCUUCGGGACCGUGGAUUCGAUGGAUUUGUUGAAGGAAUGGGGGCUGAAGAUCCCACAGAAAUUACGGGAUAUCCUUGCUGUCAAUGAAACCGCAAUCAAGAAGCAACUUGACGAUUGCGUGGUGGAAAAAAUCACUGAGAAUGACUUUGAGCUUUCUCCUCUUCGAUCGGACCCGGCUCGUGACGUCGAUGAUCCUUUCGGUUCAAACGUAGGAUCGAUCAAUUCGGAGGUUAUGGCGUCUCUUCGAUCUUCUCUUGAGGAAGAUGUUGCCUUAGGUGCUGCGAGCCAGUCGAUCGAGCGAAAGGACUUCUCUGCGGACUUAGAUCAAGACGAUGAGACUUCUAUUAAGGGACGCGAGGCUGAUGGCGUGAAAGGAGCUGGAUCGGGGGGAGAUCGUGUUGCUGGGACUGCACAAGUGUGA